AUGCAGCGCCCCAACUACGGCAACCCACCACCGGCGCAUUCACCACCCUUACAUCACCCAGUUCCACAACACGUUUCCACAGUUCCCCAGCUACGAUCACCGCCUCCUCCGCAACCCCCUUCACAACCCCAAAGCGGCUAUGGUUACGGACAGCAAGCAGGAGGCAUGCCGCCUCAGCAGGGCGGAUAUGGCGUGCACCCGUCCUUCGGCGGCUUCAUCAACGACCCCACUGCCCAAUUAGGCUUCCAGAUGGGAAAGAGCGCAGUCGAUGCCGGACAGCACUACAUGGAACAGAACCUAGGACGAUUCGUCUCCGUAUCCGCACUAAAGCACUACUUCAACGUCACAAACUCCUACGUCCUCACCAAACUCCGCAUCAUCCUAAUCCCAUGGUGGCACCGCCCCUGGUCGCGCCAACAACGACACGCGCCCGAUCCCUCAGCCUCCGCUGCGCUACUAUACCAGCCCCCGCGCGAAGAUGUGAAUUCGCCAGACAUGUAUAUUCCCACCAUGGCGCUGGUGACGUACAUUCUGCUUUCAACCUUUAUUGCAGGUCUGCGCGGCGCUUUCAACCCCGAACUCCUGGGCACAACGGCUACCGUUGCCAUCGCCGUGACUUUGCUCGAAAUCCUCAUCAUUCGAACUGGCACCUUCCUUCUCGCUAUCAGCAGCUCAAGCCAGCUCCUCGACCUCGUCGCAUACAGUGGCUAUAAAUUCGUACACGUCAUUGUAUCGCUCCUUCUUACCAACUUGGCUACUUGGAUCGGAUUUGGUAGCUCGUGGGUCGGCUGGGUCAUAUUCUUGUAUUGCUUCAGCGCAAACUCGUUCUUCUUGCUUAGGAGCUUGCGAUAUGUGCUGUUGCCCGAUAUCAGCUCUCAGAAUAGCUACGGAACGCCCGCUGCAGCGGGAUAUACGGAUUCAAAGAGCCAGAAGAGCCGGAGGACGCAGUUCUUGUUCGUUUACAGUUAUGUGGUGCAGUUUGGGUUUAUGAUUUGGCUGAGCAAGGUAUGA